UCUUCUUUCCUCAGCGGGAGUGUGAAGAAAACUUUGGAGGAGGAAGGAAAGUUCUCUUGGAAACUUGAGGACAUGCGGUGGCUUUCCGAACUUCUUCAAGAACCGAACCGAGUCCAGGACCAUGAAGUGAGCCGCGCCGCAAGAACCGUCCACGGGCAUUGAUUCCAUAUCGAGGAAAGAUGUGGGCGGCCAGCGCAACUUUUCUCCUGAUGAUGAGCGCCGUGUGUUGGGAUGGCGUCGUCUCCUCGUCUGGCCAAGAGCAGGACCGGAAGGACGGCGCGACGCCCAGCAAGCAGCCGCACAUCAUCUUCAUCCUCAUCGACGACCAGGGCUUCAAUGACAUCGGCUACCACAACCCCGCCAUCCAGACGCCUACCCUGGACAAGCUGGCGGCGGAGGGCGUCAAGCUGGAGAACUACUACGUCCAGCCCAUCUGCACGCCGUCACGCAGCCAGCUCCUGACCGGCAGGUAUCAGAUCCACACAGGACUUCAACACUCCAUCAUCAGGCCCAGGCAGCCCAGCUGUCUUCCUCUGCACAUGGACACGCUUCCUGAGAGGCUGCGCCAGGCUGGGUACGCCACGCACAUGGUGGGCAAGUGGCACCUGGGCUUCUACAGGAAGGCAUGCCUGCCCACCAGGAAGGGCUUUGACACCUUCUUUGGGUCCUUGACAGGAAGUGUGGACUACUACAGUUACGGCUCGUGUGACGGUCCGGGCCUGUGCGGCUACGAUCUCCAUGACAACGAGGACGUGGCCUGGGGCCAGGAGGGGAAGUACUCCACCACGCUCUUCACUCAGCGAGCACGCAAGAUCCUGGAGCGCCACGACCCCAACGAGCGACCGCUCUUCCUGCUGCUGUCCCUGCAGGCGGUCCACACGCCUCUGCAGCCGCCGAAGUCCUACAUCUACCCGUACCGCCAUAUGGCCAACGUGGCCAGGAGGAAGUUUGCCGCCAUGGUGUCCACGGUGGACGAGGCGGUGCGUAAUGUCACCUACGCUCUGAGGAAGUACGGAUUCUACCGCAACAGCGUCAUCGUCUACUCCACCGACAACGGAGCUCAGCCCUUCACCGGCGGCAGCAACUGGCCACUGAGAGGCCGCAAGGGAACGUACUGGGAAGGCGGCGUACGUGGCGUGGCGUUUGUUCACAGCCCAUUGCUGCGGCGCAGAAGGCGGGUGUCCAAAGCGCUUCUUCACAUCACAGACUGGUUCCCCACACUGGUGGGCCUCGCUGGGGGCAACAUCAGCCAGAGUCUGGACGGCUACGACGUGUGGAGCGCCAUCAGCGAAGGGAAGGAGUCGCCUCGUCAAGAAAUCCUUCUCAACAUCGACCCCCUGCACAAGCCCCCCGCACCUGCCAUGACCUGGGACGCCAGCGCAGAAGGAGCGCCAGGGGAUCUGUCAAAGAUUCUGGCCUUAAAGAAACCGAAGAAGAAGAAGCAGAAAAAGAAGAAGCUUCUGAGGCUGCGACCAAAGCAGAAGUCUGCAUUCAAGCUACCAAAAGUCAACACCGAAGCUAAAAACAAACAAAAGCUGCAGUCUUUGAAACCUCAUCUGAAGGUCCAGUCUGCCUACAACCUGUCAAUCGCAGAGACGUCUCCCUUCAAACAGCCAGAGAUCUUUAAAUCCAAAUCAAAAAGGACCACGUCUCAGGACCACAACCUGUCCUGGCCUCAGGCGACAAAGACCAAGCUCAAGCUGCAUCUCAAGUCCAAGAGGAUGUCGUUACCUCACCAGAACACCUCAUUGACAGACAAAAACCUCCUGAUGACGCCGUCUCAGUCUGUGUGGGACACAUCGGUUCAGGCGGCCAUCAGAGUCGGAGACUGGAAGCUGCUGACUGGAGACCCUGGCCAUGGAGAGUGGGUCCCGCCACAGGUUCUGCCGACCCUGCCGGGUCGCUGGUGGAACCUGGAGCGAGCCUUUUCUGCCUUCUACAAAACCUCAAAGCACAAGAACAUCUGGCUCUUCAACAUCAGCGCCGACCCAUAUGAGCGCGAGGACCUGGCCGAGCAGAGACCGGACGUGGUCCAGCAGCUGCUGUCCCGCCUGGCCUUCUACAACCGGACGGCUGUGCCUGUCUACUUCCCGCCAGACGACCCGGGGGCCGAUCCUGGCCUGCGCGGGGGCGCCUGGGCACCUUGGGUGGAGGAGGACGACCAAGAGGAAAAGUACGACGGCAUCUAUAAAAAGGUCCAGGAGAAGAACAAGAAGAAGAGGAAGAAAUGUCGACUCUGCAAGCUCAAGGCCUUCUUUCUAAAACUCAACACCAGGAUGAUGUCCAGUCGCAUUUGAAUGCCACAGGGAACCACUUUCAGGAAAUCCUUUUAUGGACUUUUAAGUAAUGUGAAUGUGGAGACAUUCUUAUCGUCACGCUAGGGAUGGAAACUCUACGGAGCCCCUAAAAGGACACGGAGGGAAGAAAAUGUUUUGCGAGAUUUCGCAAAAGGGUUUUUUCCUAUGUCAGUGAACCGGAAGUAAAACAGACACAUCGAUGGUGAACCGGAAGUGAAACAGACAAAGCGAUGGAGGAGCCUACCCAUCAUCCGUGGGAGAAGUUUUUGAUUUCUAUUUUAGUAUUGGCCUAACAUAUAUGGACAUCAAAUCGUAUUAUGGUCCACAACAGAGCACAAUGAUGGGUAGGCACCUGCAUGCUCCGUCUGUUUCACUUCCGGUUCAAUGACAUAGGAAAAAAAAACUAUUGCGAGAUCUCGCAAAACAUCCAUGUCCCUUAAGGGGCUUCGUAAAACUCCACUAAAUUGACAUGUUUAGGUUUAAAUAGUGUAGUAGUUCCAUAGUUGACCUCACAUUCUUCUUUUCGACACAGCAAACCAGCACCAAUGCUGGUUUCAGCCAAGUAGUGCAACCCAUUUUGACUCAAUUAAGCUGAUUGGUGACACUAAACUGGCCCUAGUGUGUGAAUGUUGUCUGUUUGUGUUGGCCCUGUGAUGAGGUGGCGACUCUGCACUACUCCCGAGUGCAGCUGGGAUAGGCUCCAACCCCGCCGCGACCCCGAGAGGGGACAAGUGGUAGAAAAAUGGAUGGACCUCAGCACACAUUGCAUUUGUGUGGUGAUGCUAAGCACUUGUAUUAAGACAUACAUGGAACUGGAAGAACGUCAGCUGAAUGUUCAACCAAAGAAAAGCAAACCAUUCAAACCACAAAGCACCUAAAUUGACAAAAUAUGUGAAAGAGGCAAGCACAUCAUAAACAAAACACUGAAGCGACAAAUUUUCACCACCACUAAAACCUACUGACUAAUGUUCAUGUACUUUCGUCCACUGGCCAACAUCUGGACAUUCUACACAUCAACAUUAAAAGGUCUGAUACCCUACAUCACAUUCAGACGAGCCAUCAGAAGCAAGGGUGAAGUGCCUUGCCCAAGGGGGCAACGGCAGUCACUACGAUGCCAGAAACUGGAAUCGAACCCGAAACCCUCAAGUUGCUAGCACGGCCGCUCUACCGUCUGCACCACGCUACCCCAUCAAUAGCUUUCAUUCCAUCUGCCUUACACACAUUCAGAAACAAUUCCACAAAAUUCAUGCCCCAAUACUUGAUUGUUCCAAAGAAAUGUUUUUCCAUUGUCAAUCUUUGUCAUUCACAGUUUCCACAUUUUAAAUCAACUUAACAUCUGUUUUUUUUUUUUUUAAUUCCCCAAGUUUUUUUUAAAGGAAUAUUUCCUGCUAUUGCAAUAAUGUGGUCUUGGUUCUGCUCUCCAGCUUCAUCCCGAGAACCGUUUGGCAUUUAAUGAAACAUAUUAAGAGCUCAAUACGACACAGGCGCUUUUCCAAACUGUGAAUAAAAUUAUUUGACCAAUU